AUGCUUUCCAAAGAGAAAUUUGUUGAACUUCUUGACAAAAUAAAAUCACCAUUUCAUUUCGUAGAAUUAGCAAGAGAACUUCUAAAGUCGAAAGGAUUCGUUGAACUCGAUAUAUCAAAGAAUUGGGAAAAUAUUCCAGAAAAAUUUUUUGUAGUUCGCGAAGAAAGGGAAUUAAUUGCUGGUCUUUUGAGCAGCAAAGAUACUGGAAUAUUUAUAGGAGGCCAUAUUGAUUAUCCAGGCUUCAGAAUCAAACCAAAUACAGAAGAAGUAAAAGACAAUCUAGAAAUAUGCCAAACCAUGAAAUAUGGAGAUCCUUUAGAUCAUACAUGGUUUGAUCAUGACCUUGGAAUCGCUGGAAUUGUUUCUUAUAAAAAUAAUGAUAAAAUCGAACAGAAACUUAUCAAAACAGGUGCUGUCGCUAUAAUACCUAACAUUUCAUGCUAUUUACAGAAAUCAAGAACUGCAAAUCUCCCGCCAAUUGUUCCAAUAUUUGGAUCAGCUGAUGGAUCGUCUAAAUUACAAGAUAUUAUUGCUAAGGAAGUUGGAUGCAAGCCUGAAGAAAUUGUUUCAUACGAUCUUCGAUUUUACGAUGUAAAUCCAACUUUAUUCCCUACAUUUGAUGGCGAUCUCAUCGGAGGACAAGGCCUAGAUGAUUUAUGUUGUUCAAUACCACUUCUUGAUGCAUUUGUAAACUACGCUCAGCCAAGAGAAAAAUCAUGUUUUGUUUGUUUCUACGAUAACGAAGAAAUAGGAUCAGUAACUCCAUUUGGAGCUAGAUCCGACUUCAUUACAUCGAUUAUAGGUCGUCUUGGAUUAUCACCAACAUUUUAUGCAAAUUCUUAUUUUGUUUCAACAGAUGUUGUUCACGGACAUCACUACCAAUAUAAAGAUAUGACAGUUCCUGGUGCUGAAUGCAUUUUAGGAGAAGGAAUUGGAUUCAUGUGGUCUCCACAAGAUGCAACAGCAGCAAACCCUGAACUCUUCGCCCUUGUUGAUUCAAUAGCUAAGAAGAAUAAUGUCGUAAUUGCAAAAUACUUCCAUCCUCAUGGCGGAUAUACAAUUUCAAGGCAUAUCGCGCCAUCCCUUGGAAUAAAGGCUAUCGACAUCGGUGUACCACUAUUAGCUAUGCAUUCCAUCAGAGAAUACGGAGCUUUUGUAGAUAUUCAGAGCUUCCAUCGAUUAGUUAUUUCUUCAUAUGCAAGUCUUUAA